AUGCAGCUAUUUAACGCACUUUUUGUUCUGCUCGCUAGCACCCUUGCUACUGCACAGCUCCCAAAUAUCCCUUCAUGCUCUAUAAACUGCUUCAUCAGUGCAUUCGAGCGUGAUGGAUGUUCACAGUUGACAGACUUUGCUUGCCAUUGCCAGAAGCCUGAUCUGCCUACCACCAUAUCUCCCUGCGUCCAAAGAUCAUGCAACGUUGCCGACCAGUCUGCCGUAUCUAGUGAAGUUGUCCGACAAUGUUCCAUCGCGGGCCAUCCCAUCUCUAUCCCACCGGUGGGCGGUGGUCUUGAGACUACGACCUUGUCCAUGCCUAGGACCUCCACCACGGAUUCCGGCGCUGUCUCCUCCAGCGCUGCAUCAGCGACCCUCCCGACGGUAUCCUCCUCUGGUGCCGCAUCAUCGUCUAAGGUGUCGCAUUCCUCGUCCGCAUCUACUUCAGCUUCGGCAUCUAGCUCCCACGCUCCUUCAACUCCAGGCUCACACAGUCAGUCCGGUCAUGGAUCGUCCACGCCAUCUCCAUCCUCUCCUCUUUCAACUGGCUCUGCAUCUACUGUCAAGGCGGGUGUAGCUGGGGCUAUAGUCAUUGCUGCAGCUGCAGUGUGCGUGCUAUAG